GCAGACCGAGCCCGCGCAUGCUCAGUGCGGCUCUCCAUCAUCUCCAAUAUUCCAGUGUAGGAGAAGCAGCAGAAGCAGAGAACUAAUGGGAGCCAUGGAGAAACCACUACCCAACUGUGUUUGGAAACCAAUAUGCUAAAAAGACCCAAUUUUCCUGUCUGAGGGUUAUUUUUGUUUUUUUUGUUUUUGUUUGUUUUUUCAUGGGAAAUGGACAAAUGUUGAGAAGCUAAGGACUUACUCACUUACUCACUCCUGGUCCCCCCCCCUGUCCCUUCCCCCCUCCAGCCAGCCGGAUGGCUCCCAACGACAGGAUACAGUAAUGGAUGUCCUCACGCCGUUCCGUACUGUAGCCAGAAUGCAGCUCAAAGGGUAGGGUCAGCUGUGAGCCCGCCUCACCCUACCCUCCCACCCCCCCACCCCUACGCCCGUUAGCUCCGGCAUCGAAGCAGAGUCCUGCAGACCCCGGCAAUUCUCUCGCCCCCCCCCCUCCCAGCACCGACACCUCCACCACGGCUUCGGAAGACGGAACAUGGCGCCGGUUCAUGUCUGAUAGGCACACGUCUGAGGCGUCGAGCGUAAAACCAGCGGAGCAAUGAAUGGCGGAAAGGACUGCGAGGCGGGAGAUGAGCGGCAGGCCGUCCCUGUCCAGGUCCCCAUUGGCUGGCAGCGCAAGGCGGAGCACGGCGGGGGCGUCGUGUAUGUGAGCCCCAGCGGCUCGGUGCUGUCCUGCCUGGAGCAGGUGAAGACCUACCUGCUCACGGAUGGAACGUGCAAAUGCGGCCUGGAGUGCCCGCUCAUCCUCCACAAGGUGUUCAACUUCGACCCAGGGGCGGCUGUAAAACAGAGGACCGCGGAGGACGUGAAAGCAGACGAAGACGUGACCAAACUCUGCAUUCACAAGAGAAAGCUCCUAGCUGUGGCCACGCUGCACAAGAGCAUGGAGACACACCCGCCUCUAGCGCUGACAAGUCCAGGAGGAGGUACUUCAUCUGCGGUGGCUGUGCAUUCUACAGCUCAACGAGUAAUAAGGACUAAAGCCCAUGAUGGGUUGCCCAAUACUGUUGGCCCGGAGUGCAAGAACCCGUUUAAGAUGAUGAUGGCGGCCGGACAGCAGCAGCAGCAGAGGUUGUAUCCACCACAGGAGACAAGUGGAGCCCCGCAGCCAGAGCUUUACUCUGGGUACUCCCGGGCACAGAGGCUACCGAGUGGGGAUCCAGGAACUAAAUCUCCAUAUCGGCCUGGGUAUGGAGGCAUGUUGAGCCCGUCUUCCUCCAGUGCAAAACUGUACGGAGAUGGCUCUCAGUCCCCCAGCACAGACACUCUUGGCAGCCCCGAGGGCUUUCACAGAACCAAUCCUUGUGGAUUUCCAGGAGCCGGCAGUCCCGGUUCAGCAGCCCUCCAUGGGAACUCUAGGACUCCUCUUUCCCCGCCCAGUGUAAUGCUUCACGGCUCCCCUGCAGGCCAGCCGUCCUGUGCCAUCACAGGAAGGACUAGCACGCCCCUCUCUCCUACGGCCACUGCCAAAAGCCCCGUCAUGAACAUGAACAUGCCGCGGGGGAACUUCCCGCCGGGCAUGGAUCUGCCUCGAGCAGCGUUCCACCAUAAAGCCCAGCCCCCCGUGCAUCCUGUACCCCCGCCGCCAUCCAUACCGCCGCCCUGUGCUCUCCAGAAAAGGCAGUUGACGUCUGAGAAAGACCCCUUAGGCAUUCUCGACCCCAUCCCCAGCAAGCCGGUUAGCCAGCCCCCACCCCAUGCCCCCAACCCCUCCAACUUCCAGCCCAACAUCCACUCUCAGGUACAAUUGAUGAAUGUAAACAUCCCCCCUCCUGCCAUCGUCCCCCUGCCAAGCAACUUACCUUUACCCACAGUGAAGCCUGGACCCGUGGGCCACGGCGGCAACGUGCAAAGGACUCAACAGAGCGGUCCUUCGUCCGCCAUGUCCCCCUCCCCCGUCACCUCCCCCGUUCACAUGACCGGGCCGGUCCUAGGGAGGAUGGAGGCCUCGCCUCACCGCUCGCGCUCCUCCUCCACCUCCUCCGAGCACGGGAGCUUUGCCAUGCCCUCGGGUCACCAAGCCCCCUGUGCCACCAUAAAGGUCCCCCCUCGCUCUCCCCGGUCGGCCAUGGGGUCUCCCCGGCCGGCCAUGCCCUCCAGCCCUUCCACCAACAAAACCGACUCCCUCCACCAGUAUAAAGACUCCCAGCUGCUGCCUGGGAUGGGGACCCCCGUGGGCACCCACCAGCACAGCAACUCCAUGUAUUCGCCCACCUCUUCCUCCUCUCUUGCAACUUCCAGCGCUUCCCAGAAGGGCCACCCUGGACUCCUCGGGAUGCCCCUCAACCAGAUCCUGAACCAACAGAACGCCGCUUCCUUCCCAGCCAGCAGCCUCCUCUCAGCCGCAGCCAAAGCACAGCUAGCAAAUCAAAACAAACACGGCACCGCUGGCAGCGGCGCCCCCGGCAUGGCCGCCCCCGGUGGCGGCGGCGCGGUCGGCAUGCCCGCCAUGGGGGCGGCCGGCAGCGGCAACGGCGGGGGCGUGGGCCCCCGAAGCAUGGAGGGACACAGCACUUUAAACCCCAUGCUCCCUCCAAACUCCACCAUGCUGCUAAGCACUCCGGAGGGCCAGAGCGGCCGGGCGGCGCUCCGCGACAAACUCAUGGCCCAGCAGAGGGAUCCGGCGCGCAAACGCAAGCAGUCGUCCAGCGGCGCCGGGAACCACGACGGCGGCAGCAACAUGGUCUUCAACAUGCUCAACAAGCCGGGCAUGGGGGCGCCCCACAUGCAGCUGCCCAGCGCCACGGAGCAGCUGCGCAAAGUGGGUCGGAUGGGGAACCUGCACCCCAACGCCUCCAUGGCCCAGCUGCUGCAGUCCAUGAGCUGCCACAGCUCCCACAACAUGGCGGGGAACGGCCAUCGCCCGGGCCUCAGCCCCGGCUCCCAUCACUACGACGCCGCCUCGGGGAUGCUCCCCCAGCAGAACCUCCUGGUCCAGCAAAGGUUGCGGCCCCCGGGAGAUCCCAUCCAGCACUGCCAGAGCCUGGACCCCCCCGGGGGCCACCUGGUCCCCCGCCAAGGCCAGUUCCCCGACAUGAUGGCUCAGAUGCAGGCCCAGUCCAUGAGCAGCUGUGGACCCAUCGGCCCCGACGGCAUGCCGCUGGUACGCCCCAACACUAAUCCACCCCCACUGUCCCACCCGGGCCCUCACCCCUCACAGCUCCACAGCAUGAGGAGGACUAACGUCGUGCCGCACGGGGGGAGCGAUAGAGGCUGCAACCAGGCCGUCUCCGACUCAGGCUGUGGCAUUGGGACCCUGCAGCCACACGUCAACGCUGGCGGAGGUCAGCUGUACCAACAGCAGGUCCACCAGGGAAUGCCACAGGCGGUGUCCUCACACCCGGCCUACCAGGGGCAGCAGCACUUCUCUGACAACCCACACUACAAAGACGGCAGCAAUGGCGGCUCCAUGUCCUGCCUCUAUCCCAACUACCAGCAGGGAAUGUUGCCCCACCCACCGUUCGGGGAGGAGCAGCAGCAGCCCCAAAGCGAGGGGCUCCCGUCAUGCCCGCCCGGUUCUGAGCGGGGCCCCGGCGGAGGGCCGGAGGUGGUGGACGCCAUUUACAGAGCCGUGGUGGACGCCGCCAGCAAGGGCAUGCACGUCACCAUCACCACCACGGUGAGCGGGACCACGCAGGCCAGCCCGGUGCCCGCCCUCAGUGCCAUGAGUGCCUUCACCGCCAACAUGGGGGAGCCUGUCAACCUCCCCCAGGCGGUCAGCGCAGUGCUGCACGGGCACCAGGACGGCGAGACGUUACCCAGACAGAGGCAGGUGAGGCGCGGCCAGAAGAACAUGGAUCCGGGGAAGAGCACGCCGGACGGCCCGGACACCAACGACUACUUCCGCUCCCCGGGCCGAGGAACCCCCCGGGGGCAGUGGGACGGAGAGACGCCCCACGGGGGAGGCUUCGACUCGCAGGGCAGCAACGCCUGGGGGGGCGAGGAGUUCCUGGAGUGCUCCACCCAGGUGAGAAGCAGCCCUCUGAUGGAGAGGCCCGCCAGCCUGGCGCCCGCUCCCCCCUGCCCCGGCGAGGGCUCCAACGACCACGGCCUCCCCGUCCCCCACGAUAAGACCUUCUUCGACCGGUUCAACAACUGCAGCCGGACGCCCGCCAACUACAAGGAGCGUCUGGAGCAAACCGUGGAGCGGUGCGCCCACAUCAACGGCGCCACCCCCCACUUCAACGCCAGGGCCUACGGGGACGUCCUGGGCCCCCCGCGGCAGGAGCUGACGGGGGACGACCAGUCCCCCGGCUCCUCCACCAGCCUGGAGGGGCCCCUGGCCACGCCCAAAGACUACAGCCACUACAACGGCAGCUUCAACGGCAUGGCCCCCAGCCCCUCCGACACCAAGAGCCUGAGCAGCGAGGAGGACCUGCGGCAGCCCGACUCGCCCUCCUCCGAGCUCCUCCACUACCGCUCCAGGACCUUCAACAUGGGGGAGCUGGUCUGGGGUCAGCUGAAGGGCUUCCCGCCUUGGCCCGCCAAGCUGGCCGGGGACGAGCAGGUGCACUGCGCUGCCAUGCAGCUGCGAGAGCAGGCCAAGGUGGAGCCGGAGAAGCUGAAAACACUAACCCACGACUUGGAGGCACUUGACCGAGCCGCCAAGAGAGGCCUGAAGCCCAAACUGAACAACCCCCUGCAAGCUGCUCUCCACGAGGCCAUGAGUGAGCUCGAUAAGAUGUCGGGCACACUCCCAUCCAGGGACCGUCAGCUGAUGCUGCCCAAGCCCAAGAGGAGGAAAAUCUCCAGAUAACAUUGAAUGUGUCCGGCCCAGGAACGUCCUGGGAGCCAGCGGCGGCUCCCGUUGGGCCAUCCCUGCUCGUCAACAGGUGCUACACAUGGACUCUCAGUGGUACAAACCUCGUUCCCUGAUACCGACUUGACUUUGUGACCACAGAAGGUGCUGGAAGCUCCAAUCACCGAUACAGUUUUAACUGUAAAGAGGAAAAAAAAAAGAGAGAACAAUAUUUAAAAAAACAAACAAACACCUAAAAACAGUUGCAAUUUGUCUACAGUUCACUGAAUUAACUAUUUUUUUCUAGUAUAAGAUAGUAAAAUAAACAAAAAAAAGCAAAAAAAAAAAAAAAGCUACAAGCAUUACCUUACAUAUUUAAGAAAAAUAGACAGUCCAAAUAUUUCUGAUACAUUUUCAAUAUGUAUAUAGAUAAUCCUGAAAUUUCCUGCUAUUAAGAAUUGUAUGUAAAUAUUGUACAAUGUCCAUGUACAAGCGUACCUAAUGCACAUUUUAUCUUUUAUUGUACAAAAACAAAGCAGUAGAAGUGUACCAACGUCUCGGGUGUCUUGUCCGGUGCCGCGCGCGCAGGACAGACGAGACGGGAGCCUAAAGCUUUUUUUAUAAGACGAACCGUCAGUCGUGCCGUUUUCCUUCUUUUCUCCAGCCGAGUGUCGGGCUUCGGGCGUUUCCUUCAGAACCCUGAACAGAAUGAACUUUACCAGCAGAAAGUGCCCCGUGUUUUAUUUCCCUCCACCAGCUUCACCCGAGACAGGACAGCUCCAAUCAGGCGCUUUUAGGGAGGAAUAAUCCACCUUAAAUUAACGUUCGGAUUAAAAAACAAAAAAAGAAGUCAUAUCUCCAGGAAAAUAUAAACCCUGCUUUUUCUCAAUUUGACACUCCUCAACCGCUAAAUUUAACCCAAGCGUUGCCGUUUAAAGGUGGAUUUUUCCUUCGUAAUUUCAGCCUCCGUCGCCGAUUCGACUGUUCUCAUGCUUGUCUGUACAGUAUUUUAGUUACUUUUACCACAACUAUAGCUUUAGGUGGACUAACCAACCUCAGAGUUUAGAUCAUGGAAAGGAAACACUAACUUGACGGAAGCAUUUUCUUCUUAUUUAGAGGCCUUUUUUUUUUGUUUCUGUUUUUUUUGUUGCUUGUUGAUGUAAAUUAUUUAUGUACAGUACUCCAUAUUUAUUUUAAGCUUUACAAAUAUGCUAGAUGGCAAUAAUACUACCAAGAGUUGAGAACUAAAGCCUUAUAUGUGUAUAUGUAUGUUUUUUUUUUUUGUUUCCUGUUUUGUUUUUUUGUUUUUUGUUUUUUUAACAGGUGAACAGCAGAUCAUGUGUCCCGUCUUUUAUUUAAGAAGUUUUGGCAUUCAAGAUUGCUCGUUAUGUUACGCAUUGUGUCAUGAGGUGUUUUGGUAUAAAGACCGUGUUAUUUAUGAAUAUUAACCUCAGAAAAAGGCAGAUGUGGAGGUAUUAAAUGCAGUUUUAACACUACAGUAUGGACAGUAUCGGGGAAACUCUGCAUGGAAAUCUGCUGCUCCGCCAGAUCAACGACCUGAAAUAGCUACCGAAUGAUCAAGUGCAAUAAACCAAGCGAUGGAUCGACUGCAUCCUUAGCUACCUUCAGUGCUCUGCUUUUGUUUUCUUUUAAUCUGCUUAUUUCUCCCUUUUUUUUUUUUUUUUUUUUUUAUAAUGUAUUCAAACUCCUCUGUACUCUCACAGCUUAAGAUGUUUCCUCCAACCGGACCAGUACCUGAGCUCCAGAGCUGGUCCUACAGAAGCACAUCCAGCUACCAGUAUGGUUGUCCAAGCAGCUGCCUGACUAAAAAAAAAA